AUGGGCCUGACUGCGAUUAUGGAGGAGAUUGCCGAGUUAUUCAUGGCCACGGCGCAGCACCCCAAUUACGCUGCUGUUUUGGCUUUGGAUAGAAAACUCCAUAGCCUACACUCGGAAUUUGUACAGGACGAGGAAGGACUAACAAGCCGAGAUGCACAUGCCGGACAUAUUUCGCCUUUGCCGCUACACGAUCCUCGUCUGAUAGAUCGACCGGUGGGAAAUUGGCACCGUCUGUUACCGCAAGAAGCGUCGAGAAUCGCUGAUGCAUCAAUCGCCGUGGUCUAUGAACCGUCCAGUGAUUGCGUCAGGGCCAAGGAGGAACGGGCACACUCAUCCCUCGCGAGCUUUGCGUCGAACCCAAGCCACUCACCAGAGGGAGAUGUAGGGCCGGCCCAAAGUACUGGUGACAUUCCUGGGCUCCCAACUGGCAUAGCUAUUCGUAGUGGUGAAAGCGCUACUCGUAACGCAAGACGUGCAGCGAGGUGGUACAGUCAACAUGGUCGUGGCGCUCGAUUCCAAGCCCUUCGGCACGCUCAAGGUCAAAUGUUUGGUACCCAAUCACAAUAUUUCGGUCACACCUCUCCACACAUGCUCCAUCCAGUAAACGAGAUAGCACAGUUGGAUGCCACCGGCCACUAUUUCGAUGCGGAAGUGGGUCCAGGCUCUGGGGAAUUUGCCGCAGUCACACUCCCCGUGGGACCUCCGGAGCCAAUGGCGAUGCCAUACAGCCAGCCUAUUAACACGUCUACGUAUGAUAAUUUGCAAUGGUCUGCAAGUCUAUCGGAUUCCUCCUACGGCUCCACUCCAGAGAACUUGACGCAGCAGGAACUGCAAGCCUCUUGGUCGGAUUUCUUAUCUACUUUGUAG